AUGGAGUUUGUUUUGUUCCUCACUCAAAGAUAUCUUCAUACAAAAUACACUUCAGUUAUUAGAUUCUUGGUUCGAUACCAUACAUCUACACCAACACAACAGCCCAACCAAACUCCAACCAACAUGCCCACCCAACCCAGAACAACCGAUAGCGAGCACGCCCGUCUGCAAAAUGAUUACGGCGCAGACUACUGGGUUCGCAAUUCCGCUCAAGAGCAUCGCCGCGCAACAGCCGGACGAGGCCUCUUCGCUGGGUUACAAGAUGUGAAGCACUACAACGUCGACCACGGCUGGGCUCGACGGAAGUCCGAGACUCCGCAGCCUGGUAUUCUCGGGUCGCUCUGGAGUCGACUCACUGGGCUUUGAUAUGACUUGGAUAUAGAC